CUUUUCGGACGGUGUGGCAACGCUGCCGACAUGCCCGGCGCUGCCAACUUGUCUGGCACACAGCUGUGCACACAUCACAAUUGCGCUGACAGCUAGUCGAUAUAUCGGGCAAAAAAUUCAUCGGAAUUUUUCAGCUUUCUGCUGUUUACGCUAUAAAAAUUGCAAUAAAAUACAGAAAUUCCUAUUGAAAACAAAGCGCUUGACGAAUUGAGAGCUGUUAAUAUAAAAAAGAGCAGGCAGUGGUGUUGCGCCCAGCUGCAUUGAAUAUGGCACACACGAUAAACGUGGGCUCCGUCAAGGAGGAGCACUGUGAGUCAACUUGCAAUAUGUUUAAAACGCAGGAUUGGCCGCUGACGAUGCGACACAGGGACCUGGGUCUGGUUAAGAUCGAGCAGGACAUGAGCUUUGUGUGGCAAAGCAGCCCCAGUGUCACACUGGACGGCAAGGACCGACAACCAGAGAAGCAGGCCCAGAAAAAAUUCCAGCACGGAUCAGCCAGCGAGAAGCCUUUCAAGUGCGCACACUGCCCCAAGGACUUUGCCACCAGCAGCAAUCUCAAGGUGCAUCUGACGCGCACCCACUCCGGAGAUCGCGAGCGCCCGUUUUUGUGCCCCAACUGCCCGAAGUCGUUUGCGACCAAUGAUAAUCUGCAGAAGCACAUACGGAGGCAUUCGAGCGAGCGCAACCUCAACUGUCCACACUGCCCCAAGGCCUUCGCCACAAAGGAUAAUCUGCAGAAGCACAUACGCCGCCACUCGAGCGAGCGCAACCUCAUCUGUCCGCAUUGUCCCAAGGCAUUUGCGACCAACGACAAUCUGCAGAAGCACAUACGCCGGCACUCGAGCGAGCGCACCUUAAAUUGUCCACACUGCCCGAAGGCGUUUGCCACCAAUGAUAAUCUGCAGCGGCAUAUACGCGGUCAUACGGGUGAGCGACCCUUCAAGUGUCCCUAUUGCCCGAAACCCUUUGCCCAAAACAGAGAUCUCAAAGCGCACAUCCUAGAGCAUACGGGCGAGAAGCCCUUCAAGUGUCCAUUCUGCCCGAAGGAGUGCGUCCGCAGCGAGGGCCUAAAGAAACACAUAAUGCGCCUGCACAAGGACAAGGACAUCGAACCCGAGCAACUACUGAUGGCGAUCAAGCCAUGGCCAACGGGCGACCCAAACAACACGAUCUAUGUAAAAAUACGAUCCUACCAAAUAAAAGUUAACCCAGGAAAUUGAGCUCAGGCACACACAGAGACACAGACGGAAAGCGGAAAACCUUGCAGUUCGAGCAGCUAGAAAAAUAGAAGGGAUUGGAAACCUAUUUGCAAGCGCAAGCACGCGUUCGAUUUUGAAAACUUGGCGAAAUGGCAAAAUUGAUAUAAAACUAAACAUUUAUGUAGCUUUUAUAGCCCGCGAGAUCUAAGGCUUUCCCACGACCAUAUCAAAGAAUUAUGUUUUGAUAUGCUUUGCAUGGGACACUAAACGAUAUUCAAUUCAUUUGUUGUAUAAAUUUAUAUAUAUACACAAAUAUAUAUAUAUUAUGGGCUAAUGCAAUCGAUUUGAUGCAAAAAAUAAAACGCAUUUUAAUGCUAAAUAUAGAAAACACAAUAAAUAGAAAUAAAUAAAUUGCGAAUGUAAAGAAAAAAUGAAUAUUGCUGAAUAACCUGGUUCAACAAAUUUUUCGACAACAUAUUUGAAGAUUUCGAAAUUAAUUAUUUCUAUAUAUUCAUAAUUUUGAUCAGAAAUUUAAAGAUCUAACAAAUUAAACUUCCGCCAAGCAAUUUGUCAAUUAAAACGAGAAUUGGAAAAACUGGCUCCACAAAAUGUUUGCGUUUUAUAGUUAAUACCAUAUUUAAAACAGCUUAAGAAAUUUUACAUUUAGUUUUAGAUUAGUACAAAUUAGUUUUGUGUACCAUUGUUAAACUUUAUUAGUAGGUUUUUUAUUAAAUGUGAGUUAUUGUACCUA